AUGGCAGCUGCUGUGGCUGCGAUCGACCCGAGCAAUGGCUCUAAGAAUACCCUGAAGCUCGAAAAUACUGAGAAGCGCGACACCCUCAUCGCAAUCGAGAAGAAGUACCAGGCACAAUGGAAGGACAACAAGGUUUUCGAGGUCGAUGCUCCAUCAUUCGAUGAAGUCGAAGCUUCUAUCACCGGCGACGAGCUGCGUGAGAAGCACCCCAAGUUCUUCGGCACCAUGGCAUACCCCUACAUGAACGGAACCCUGCAUGCUGGUCACAGUUUCACCGCUUCAAAGGUCGAGUUCAUGGCUGGUUUCGCUCGUAUGGAAGGCAAGCGUGCUCUCUUCCCGCUUGGUUUCCACUGCACUGGUAUGCCUAUCAAGGCUUGUGCGGAUAAACUCCGGGACGAAGUUAAGUGGUUUGGCAAGAACUUCGAGGGAUACAAAGAGGAGGUAGAGGAGGAAGCUACUCCCGCAGCCUCUGCAGAACAGGCCCAGAAGACCGAGAAGUUCUCUGGUAAGAAGAGCAAGGCCGCGGCCAAGACUGUUAAGAUGAAGUACCAGUUCCAGAUUAUGCUGGCCAUCGAUGUUCCUCUGGAGGAGAUUCACAAGUUCGCCGAUGCUAACCACUGGCUGCAACACUUCCCCCUCUUGCCAUCCGUGACCUUGACAGCCUUGUUUGUCACCACUGAUGCCAACCCUUACUACGAUUCCUUUGUUGGAUGGCAGAUGCGUGCCCUUAAAAAUCUAGACAAGAUCAUGUACGGAUCUCGCUACACUGUCUACUCGCCUAAGGAUGGACAGCCGUGUAUGGACCACGACCGCACUGAGGGUGAGGGUGUUGGACCCCAGGAGUACACCGCUUUGAAGCUCCAGGUGAAGGAGUGGUCUCCAGAGCUUGCACAGCUUGUGAAGGGUAAGAUCGAGGACGAUGCCAAGGUCUACUUUGUUCCUGCUACUCUGCGCCCUGAAACUAUGUACGGCCAGACCAACUGCUUCGUUGGCCCCAAGAUCAACUACGGUCUCUUCAAGCUCAAUGAGAAGGAGUACGUCGUCGUCACCAAGCGUGCUGCAUGGAACAUGGCUUUCCAGGGUCACUUCUUCGGCGAGACUUUCCCUAAGACCCAGGAUCAAUUGCCUUUGGUCUUCGAGGCACCAGGAUCUGCCUUUGUUGGUACCCUGGUCAAUGCUCCUCUUUCUCUCCACACUGACGGUGUCUACAUUCUGCCUAUGGAUAGUGUUUCUGCUGCUAAGGGUACUGGUGUUGUUACCUCCGUCCCCUCCGACAGCCCAGACGACUACGCCACUCUGAUGGAUCUGAUUAAGAAGGCUGAUUUCUACGGUAUUAAGAAGGAGUGGGCUGAGAAGGAGAUUUUCCCCGUUAUUGAAACACCGACAUACGGUAACCUGACUGCCCCCGCCCUGGUCAAGCAGCUUAAGAUCAACUCCCCCAAGGAUGUCACCCAGUUGGCCCAGGCCAAGGACCUGGCUUACACCGAAGGUUUCUACAAGGGAAAGAUGCUGGUUGGCGGCGAUCUGUACAAGGGCCGACCCGUUCAAGAGGUGAAGGACGAGAUCCGACAGGCUCUCUACAAGAGCGGUGACGCUUUCCCCUUCGCCGACCCUAUGGGCAAGGUUGUCAGCCGCAGUGGAGAUGAUUGUGUUGUUGCAUACCUCGGUCAGUGGUUCUUGAACUACGGCGAGAACGACCCCAAGUGGCAGCAGGACACCCUGGCAUAUGUCCGGGACGGCCUGAACUCAUACAGCGCCGAGGCCAAGAACGGAUUCGAAAAGAACCUCGACUGGCUAAACCGCUGGGCAUGCGCUCGUACAUACGGUCUGGGAUCUAAGCUACCUUGGGAUCAGCAAUUUUUGGUGGAGAGUCUGAGUGAUAGUACUGUUUACAUGGCCUACUAUACUAUUGCUCAUCUCCUGCACGGGGACCGAUACGGAAAGACCACUGGCCCUCUCAAGAUUACACCCGACCAGAUGACCGAUGAGGUUUGGGACUACGUCUUCUGUCGCCAGGAGAUAAGCGAGGAGGUGAUCACCAAGAGCGGUAUCAGCAAGGAUACCCUACUGCGCUUGCGCCGCGAGUUCGAUUACUGGUACCCCCUGGACGUUCGUGUCUCUGGCAAGGAUCUUAUCCAGAACCACCUUACCUUCUUCCUUUACAACCACGUCGCAUUGUUCCCUAACCACAUGCCCAAGGGUAUUCGUGCAAACGGUCACCUCAUGCUGAACGGCAGUAAGAUGUCGAAGUCUACUGGAAACUUUUUGACUCUGAAGGAUGCCGUCGACAAGUUCGGUGCUGAUGCUACUCGUAUCGCGUUCGCUGACGCUGGUGACAGCAUCGAGGAUGCUAACUUUGAGGAGUCGGUUGCUAACAGCAACAUUUUGCGUUUGCACACUCUGAAGGAAUGGAUCGAGGAGGUCGUUAAGGAUGAAACCCUGCGCACUGGCUCAGCUGACGCCUUCUCGGAUAAGCUGUUUGAGAACGAGCUCAACAGUCUUGUCAGAGAGGCCCAAAAACAUUACCGGGACACUAACUUCAAGCUUGCCCUGAAGAGCGGUCUUUACGACUUCACCAGUGCCCGUGAUAGCUACCGCGAGGCUGCCACCGCUGCCGGAGUGGGUAUGCACCGGGAUGUCAUCCUGCGCUACAUUGAGCUGCAGGCUCUUAUGUUGGCUCCCAUCACCCCUCACUGGGCCGAGUACAUUUGGCUCGAGAUUCUCAACAAGCCCGAAUCUAUUCACUUUGCUAAGUUCCCUGAGGUGCCCGAGCCUUCUCCCGCGCUUUCUGCCGCUCAGGCCUACGUCCGUGGCACUGCCUCGAACAUCCUGUCUUCAGAGGCCCAGUUCACCAAGCGUCUGUCCAAGGGCAAGGCUUCCACCUUCGACCCUCGCAAGCCCAAGAAGCUCACCAUCUUCGCCGCCAAGAAGUACCCCGCUUGGCAGGAGAAGUACAUCGACCUGGUUCGCGAGGCCUUUGAUGCUCUGACCGUCUCUAUCAACGACAAGGACCUCAGUGCCAAGGUUGGCAAGCUCGGUGAGAUGAAGAAGGCCAUGCCUUUCAUCCAGACCUUGAAGCGCCGCCUGGUGCAGAACCGUGAUGACCCAGAGACUGUCUUCGAGCGUAAGCUUCCAUUCGAUGAGUUUGCCAUUCUUGCCGAGAUGGUCGAUGGCCUGAAGCGUGUGUCUGGAUACAAGGAGGUUGAGGUCAUCGCUGUUGAUGAGGGUGGCAAGACUGGUGAGGUUCUUGGUUCUGGUGAGAAGCGAGAGGGUUUGUCUGGUGAGAAUGCCGUCCCUGGACAGCCUUCUUUCCAGUUCUCCAACAUUGAGUAG